AUGGCGCCAGAGUCUCAUCAAUUUGCGACGACUGCCCUGACAGAUCAUGCAUUCAAUGCUGACGGAUCCCAGGUAGCUAUCUGUCCGAACAGCAAUAUUGUCGAGGUACAUACCAAGACGGGCACGACAUGGUCACAAGCACAUACGCUCAAUGAGCACGACAAGCUCGUUACGUCGAUAGACUGGGCGCCCAAGACGAACAGGAUAGUCACCUGCUCACAAGACAGAAACGCCUACGUCUGGAACCUCAGCCCGGAAGGCGUCUGGAAGCCUACGCUCGUGUUGCUCAACAUCAAUCGAUCAGCAACUUGCGUGCGCUGGUCGCCGAACGAGCAAAAGUUUGCCGUCGCUUCGGGUGCUAGAGCAGUCGCCAUCUGCUCGUACGGCGAUGAGAGCGAUUGGUGGAUCUCCAAACAACUCAAGAAGCCCUUGCGCAGUACUGUGCUGUCGCUCGACUGGCAUCCCAAUUCGGUCCUGCUCGCAACGGGCUCGGCAGAUGCAAAAGCUCGUGUUUUCUCCGCCUACCUCAGAGAGACAGACGAGAAGCCCGCGCCCUCGGUCUGGGGCACAAAGCUGCCGUUCAACACGCUCUGUGGCGAGUUUAGUAGCCCUGCAGGUGGCUGGGUUCACGGUGUUGCCUUUUCGCCGAGCGGCGAUGCUCUUGCGUUUGCCAGUCAUGAUUCGACUAUCACCAUUGUGUAUCCUGCAGGCGAGGGUUUGCCGCCUACCGCGAAGUUCACCGUUCGCGUGCCCAGCCUGCCAUAUUUGACACUCACUUUCCUCGACGAGUCUCGUAUCGCAGCGGCAGGUCACGAUUGCGAGCCUGUCUUGUUCGAGAGCGACCAGCACUCGGGCUGGCAUUUCUCGCGAACAAUCGAUGAUCCCUCUGCUCGUUCGUCCGGCUUGUCAGCCUCGACCGGCGCUCCCCGUACCGGCGGCGUGGGCAGACUGAAGGGCAACGAAGCCUUCUCCCGGUUCAGUGCGGCAGACUCGAGAGGCGUCAGUGUCGUCUAUCCCAAUGCCGAUUCGCCACCCGCCACGCCUGCCAGCGGUAUGUCGAGAACGGCGACAGGCUCGACAGAACGGACGACCGUUCAUCAGAAUACGAUCACGAGUUUGCGACCCUACUUGAAGCAAGAGGGGCAUGAUGUGACGAGGGUUAGCACGACGGGCGUCGAUGGAAGACUGGUGAUCUGGAAUACGCCCAGUCUUUCGUCCGGUCUGAGCAAGAUGACUAUCUAGCAAAAGCUUCGAUCGAGAAUGCAUGUCAUGUCAUAGACAGCUUGUCGGUCUCCGAAGCUAUACUGCUGUCCGACGCGAGCUCCUCCUUUGCUGGCGGCUCAUCUGAUCUCAGUGUGAUCUCUGCGUUCUCCUCGAGACCGUCUGCCGUUGGCUCCUCCUUGUACUUGUCUUCGACGUUCAAGUAGGAGAGCAGAUGUCCUGCACACAUCCAAGUACGCUCGUUGGCUUGCUCUUCUGCUUCUUGCAAUGCCGUCUUAUUCGCUUUGUUGUGCAAGCUGAUCGAUGCGACCGACAUGCGCGGGCAGAGGAGCUUCAGUACUUCCAAAUGACCACUAUCAGUCAUGUCAGCUCAGCACUGGGCUUCGCAGGAUCUGCUCACUUGAGCGAAGCCCAAUGCAGCGGCGUAUUGCCAGAUUGAUUCUGUUG